UCCCCUUUUUAUUCUCUCUUUUACUUUUUACGCUUAUAAUCAAUCCUACACUUUUAUGCCUUAUUUAAUAAAAAAAAAACAUGUACGCAUCUCUCUUCACUUUAUGCAAGGGGCAGGCCGUCACAACAGCAAUAAUAAAAUUUUCUUGCUUGUAUUAUAAUUUUCCUUUAUAUCAUGUUGCGCAUACAGACACGUACAUUUUUUAUUCUCGCACGAAGUUCUCAUACAAUACAGCUAAAACAAGUCUUGAAAAGACCUCUUCAGUACAAGUGGACACCUUUACAACAAACUACUUUAAAAAACCUCAACUUUAGUACUGCUUUACAACGUUCGUUUCUUUCAAAUAAGAAAGAGUUCUUGCCGAGAAAAGAACAGAAAGAAAAGCAGGUAUAUGUGCUUCAAACUGAACAACGCGUAUCUAUUGACACAUAUCCAGGAACUUCGAGAGGAUAUUUAUACGAUCCCCAACAUCCUGACUUUUGGUCGACUAGUGGCAGCACCGUGUGUAGGAUACCUUAUUCUACAGCAUCAAUAUGACCAAGCAUUAGGUUUAUUUGCAUUAGCAGGGUUCACUGAUUUAUUAGAUGGAUAUAUUGCACGAAAAUACAACAUGAAGACAUUGCUAGGCACAAUUAUUGAUCCUUUAGCAGAUAAGGUACUCAUGACAGUCAUGACAGUGACAUUAGCUAUGGAGGGAGUCAUACCAGUACCACUGGCUACUGUCAUUUUGGGUAGAGAUACAGGUCUAAUUUUAUCUGCCUUUUAUUAUCGCUACAUCUCUCUACCAGAACCGAAAACAAUUGCACGUUACUUUGAUGGUUCUAUCCCCUCAGCAGAAGUGAAGCCAACCCAAAUUAGUAAGAUCAAUACAGCACUGCAGUUAGUAUUAAUGGGUCUCUCAUUGACUACUAUGAGCAUGGGUAUGCCUUCAGCUGAAGUAAUGACAGCAUUACAGUGGGUUGUAGGAGGCACUACUGUCUGGUCAGGAGCCAGUUAUAUGUUCUCUAGAAAUGCAGUACGAAUACUAAAACAGUAAAAUAUUUCUUACUUUAAUUAAACUGCUGGCGCGUGCCUUGAGGUGGUACAUUUUUUUUAUACUAAAAAACCUGAUUACAGAAAGACAAAAGAAGUCGAAAGACGGGGG